AUGUUCAAUUCUCGGGAAGAAAUAACUGAGUGGGUGCACAAUGUGGGGCGUUCAGUUGGUUGUGUUGUUGUUACGAAAAGAUUAAAAGCAAAGCCAAAUGGUAAUGUUUAUAAAGUUGUGUUUAUGUGUGAACACGGCGGAACUUACAAAAAUAAAAUAAUUCCCAUUCGUCAUACGGGAACAAAAAAAWUUGGAUGCYCAUUUGAGUUGAUAGCRCUAUUUUCGGCUAAACAUAGUUGGUGGACGUUGACGRURGUAUGCGAUGAACAUAAUCAUGUUCUUGCACAACAUAUGGAGGGCCAUGCAUAUGCAAUGCGGCUAAAUGAAACUGAAGCUCAACUAGUUGAAGAUCUAUCAGCCCAACAUGUCAAGCCACGACACAUUUUAUCCACGUUAAAGGGUAGACAUACAGGAAAUGCAUCUACGUCAAAGACAAUAUACAAUGAACAACAAAAGAUUAAGACAACAAACGAUGCAGGAAGACCACAAAUGCAGGUUGUUGUUGAUUUUUUUGUUAACAAAAAUUAUGAUUUUGAGACUCGUGUUAAUGACGAAACAAACGAGUUGGAAGAUUUAUUCUUCAUUCAUCCAAGAUCAUUUGAGCUUUGGCGUGCGUUCCCACAAGUAGUGGUAUUUCCGGGAAUGUACACGUACAACUUAGGACAACUUCAAGAAAAUCUGCUCGCCUAUCCAGGUGUUAUGAAUUACUUGAACAAUGUAUGGUUGACACCAUAUAAAGAAAUGUUUGUAUCUGCUUGGGUUGAUCAGGCAGUGUGA